AUGCAGGGCCGGCAAAGAUCCGAUCGGCGUGCUCAGCCUCAUGCCCCUCGACCGGAAGCCAGCGAGGCAGCUCCCCUACCGCACGAGAGGGCCACUCCUGGAACACAACCAGCACCCGUUUCAGCAACCGUCCCGCAGGCAGCUCCAGUAAUGCCACCGCCGGCAUCAAUGAGUGCAGAGAAUAUGCUAGACGUGGACGUGACGGUGCUGGCUUUCGCGCAGUGGGUCAUGGAGCUGAAAAGCAAAAGCUCCAACUCGCAGAAGUCUCUCCAGAUUGAGCUCAACACGAUUAAAAAUGCCAUCAACGGCAACCACAGCGAUUUGGCGGACUUCAAGCGCCAUGGUGCGGCCAUACAGCAGCAGAUGCAAUCAGAGAUCAACGAGAUUCGCGAGUCAUUGAGCUCUGUUUUCAUGGAGAUCACUGCAGCAGUGCGAAAUAAUGCCGCCGCAGAUCAGGAUCUCAAAAUGAAGAUACAGAUGCUCAAUGAGCAGGCCGUUCGGAAUGAAACAGCCUUUGCUCAGCUAGCAGAUGCUGCAGAUCAGUCUCAGUCCAAGCUUCGCGCGGCGGCCCAGGAAAUGCAGCAGUUUUCUGAGCGCAUGCGGGAAGAUCUGGCCUCCCUGAACCAGAAGACAGAGUCCUUACAGGGAACAGUCAUGGAUCGGUCGGACCAGCUCAGAAGUGAAACAGAUCAGCUAUCGCAGGAUCUACGCACUCAGCUUGAAAAGCGGAAAGUGCAGCUUCAAAAAAUGGUUCAAGACGUCGUCAACAUUGGCGAGUCCUUGCAAGGCACCCGCACUGCGUGCAUCCGCACCCCUCAGUCGAUUGUACUCUGA